AUUUCAUCAAAUAUUUUAAUAAAAUUAUGACAGAAGAAGCAUUAGAUUUUGAUUACAUGUUUAAAUUAGUUAUCAUAGGGGAUUCUUGUAAUUAAGUUAAAUUACAUUAGCUGUUGGAAAAUCUUGCAUUCUCAGUAGAAUAAAUGGAAACUCUUUUAAAGAAAACCAUGAAGUGACAUUGGGUGUUGAUAUAGCUACUAAAAUAUUAAAAGUUUAAGGGAAAAUUAUAAAGGCAAGAAUUUGGGAUACUGCUGGAUAAGAAAAUUUUAGAUCGAUUACAAGAUCCUAUUAUAGAGGGUUAAUAAAUUUAUUAUAAAUAGAGCAAUUGGGAUAAUGUUAGUAUUUGAUAUGAAAAACAGGGCCUCUUUUGAUAAUAUAAAAAGUUGGCAAUAAGAAAUCAAUUAGUAUGCUAAUGAAAAAAUUAAAAUAAUACUAAUUGCAAAUAAAUCAGAUCUUAUGAACAAGAGGUAAACUAUUUUCAUAUUAAGGGAAGUAACUACUGAGGAGGGAUAACAAUUAGCCAAAAAAAUUGGAAGCUAAUAUAUCGAAACAUCUGCUUUAACAGGUAAAAAUAUAGAAGAAACCUUAUAAUCCUUAUCUUAAUCCAUAUUAAAAAUGAUUCAAGAAAAUUAGAUUGAUUUGAGUAAUAAAAAUUGUGGAGUUUUGUUUCCAAAUAAAACAGAAACCCCUGAUGAAUCUGCUAUUUAAGAUAAAUGUAAAUGUUGAG